GGAUGGUGAAAUGAUUUUUUUUUUUCGGAAAACACCCGAGCUGAAGCGGGGGUUAACGUUAGUGUAUCAUGAAGUGUACUCGUCGAAGCUACUUUCCAUGAGCUUUUUUUUUUUAAAUAUAUACAUAUCUAGAACGAGAUUUAAUUUAGUCGGCGGCUGUAUUACGGCAGACUACGGCCCCCGCAUCUGCCUGUGAAUAGCGCUAGCACUCUAAGGACACGAAAUGAGGCUUUACACCCGGCCAUGUGAGGAGGGACUAAGGAAGGCCAAAAUGCAAAAAGCUGUCCAGUCCAGAGAAAUGAUGGAGACCGAGGGAGUCGUACAAACAUCUCCUUAUUUGAUCCAAUGUUAAUAAAUUCAACAGCUUUGAUAUGGUACACGGCUGUGGAGUACAACGGUGGAUAGGAGCUGCUGAAACAUUUGUCACAUUUGUAAAGCUGAAUGAGGAACAAGAGGUGUGCACUCUUUGGAUUACGUAAAAAAAAAAAAAAAAAAAGAGUAGGCGUGCUCAAUCUGUGCAUAUAACACCGGACUAACUGAGUGAAAAGACAGCAUUAGAUGGAGUGACCACAGAUGCAGCUAUGCAAGAAGAUAUCUCUCCAGUGUACAGGUCCUGACAAUCAACACACAACUGUGGUUCAUGCCAUGUGGGCUCUCGAGGGAAACAUGUGGUUACUCAGCAGAAGACAAACAAGCAGAUGAUGUAUACCUAAGAGUUCUUAGGAUUUGGUCUACUCCUGUAGGACAACAAACGGCUUUCCUUUUUUUUUUUUUUUUUUUUAAAGGAAAAGGCAGGAAGCAGAAGCUCUGAGUGCUCGCCAUGCCUAGGAACCGAGCCUUUUCCGAGCCAGAAUACUCAGCGGAGUAUUCAGCAGACUGCUCGGUGACGCUGCCCUCUGACCCCGGGCAGGCGGUUGGGCGGACAAAUGAGGUCACGGUUCGGAGCUCAGGAUGCUGCCUCUGCCUGCCGCGGUUCAUGCGCCUCACCUUUGCGCCUGACUCUCUGGAGAACCUCUAUCAGACCUACUUCAGACGGCAGAGACACGAAACCCUGCUAGUGCUCGUUGUGUUCGCGGCCCUCUUCGACAGCUACAUCAUUGUCAUGUGUACGGUUGUCUACACCACUGACAAGAUGGCUUCUGUUUUAGUGGCAUCAAUGGGACUGGCAGCAGAUAUUGUCCUCUACUUGUUGUGCCGCUUUGGGCUGCUGCCAGACCGCAUCUCGAGACGGGUGGUGCCCUAUGCCCUGUGGGUGCUCAUAGCCGCUCAGAUAUUCUGCUACCUGGGUCUGAACUAUGCUCGCUUCCACCAGGCUAGUGACACCGUGGGCUGGCAGGCUUUCUUCAGCUUCUCAUUUUUUCUGACUCUGCCUUUAAGGCUAACACCAAUCGUACUCAUCACUACUGUAUCCUGCGGGGUCCACACCCUGGUUCUGGGCGUCACUAUCGCCCAGCAGCAGCAGGAGGACAUCCAGGGGGCAGCACUUGGUAGACAGCUGCUGGCCAACGUAGUGAUUUAUGUUUGUGCCAUCACUGUGGGCGUCAUGUCAUACUACAUGGCUGACCGGAAGCAUCGGAAGGCCUUUCUGGAGGCGAGACAGUCACUGGAAGUCAAACUCAACCUGGAGGAGCAGAGUCAGCAACAGGAACGUCUGCUACUCUCCAUCCUUCCAAAGCACAUAGCAGAUGAGAUGCUUCAGGACAUGAAGAAGGAGCCCAGUCAGAAAGAGAUGCAGCAGUUCAACACCAUGUAUAUGUACAGGCACGAAAACGUCAGUAUUUUGUUUGCAGACAUCGUAGGCUUCACACAGCUAUCAUCGUCCUGCAGCGCUCAGGAGCUGGUCAAACUGCUCAAUGAGCUCUUUGCUCGCUUUGACAAACUGGCUGCAAAAUAUCACCAACUGAGGAUCAAGAUCCUUGGAGACUGCUACUACUGUAUCUGUGGGCUGCCAGACUACAGAGAGGACCACGCUGCAUGCUCUAUCAUGAUGGGUCUGGCCAUGGUGGAGGCCAUCUCGUAUGUCCGGGAGAAAACUCAGACAGAUGUUGACAUGCGGGUUGGAGUGCACAGUGGUACAGUCCUGGGGGGAGUGCUGGGUCAGAAACGCUGGCAGUACGACGUCUGGUCCACAGAUGUCACUGUAGCCAACAAAAUGGAGGCUGGAGGGAUACCAGGUCGCGUCCACAUCUCACACAGCACCAUGGAGUGUCUUCAUGGUGAGUUUGAUGCUGAGCCAGGGAACGGAGGUGACCGCUGUGACUACCUGAGGGAGAGGGGCAUCGAGACUUACCUAGUGGUUGUUCCUAAAGGACCUGUGGGGAAGAAUGGCAUCAAUGGUGUAAAGUUGUCUGUUACCUCUUCCAAUGGAAACUCCCCACUCUUGAUCAACACCACAGAGUGUAAUGGCAGUGUUAACACAGCCUGCACGACACCAGAAGAACCUGAAGAACUGGAUACGAGGGUGGUGAAUCCAUCUUUCCCUAACCCUCGGAGAAGGUUGCGACUGCGGGACCUGGCUGAAAGGGUGAUUGAUGCUCAGGAGAAUGAACAGGAGCUCAACAAACUGCUUAAUGAGGCUCUGCUGGAGAGAGAGACAGUCCAAGCUCUAAAGGGAAAACACACCAACAGGCUCUCCUUGAGGUUUGUGGAUCCGGACCUGGAGACUCGUUACUCUGUGGAGAAGGAGAAACAGAGCGGAGCUGCCUUCUGCUGCUCCUGUGUGGUCCUGCUCUUUACUGCAGCUAUGGAGGCCCUCAUAGACCCCUGGCUGACGGCAAACUACAUAACCUUUGCAGUGGGAGAAGUCCUCCUGCUCAUCCUGACAAUCUGUUCUCUGGCCGCCAUCUUCCCUAGAGUCUUUCCCAAGAAGCUGGUGUCUUUCUCCACCUGGAUCGACCACACCCGCUGGGCUCGUAACACCUGGGCCAUGGCUGCCAUCUUCAUCCUCACCAUGGCCGAUAUCAUAGACAUGCUGAGUUGUCUGCCUCGAGCCCCAGACUCAGGCAGCCCCACAAUGGCUCCCUCCUCCUCCUCUUCCUCUUGGUCUGGCCCUGACUGUUGCCUUGACAACCCAAAAUAUUACAGCUACAUUGCUGUGCUGGCACUGAUGGCCACCACCAUGCUGGUUCAGGUCAGUCACAUGGUAAAGCUCACACUGAUGCUGCUCAUCACUGUGGCCACCGGCAUUGUUAACAUCUACAGCUGGAGGGACAUCUUCGACCGCUAUGACACGGCCCGCUUCCAGGACUACAGUUCAUACCUGGUGCCCUCCAAGUUCACAAUGACAAUUAUGAUAUUUAUUAUGAUGGUCAGCUUCUAUUAUUUCUCCCGACAUGUGGAGAAGCUCGCCCGCACCCUUUUCCUGUGGAAGAUUGAGGUCCAUGAGCAGAAGGAGAAAGUGUAUGAGAUGAGGCGCUGGAAUGAAGCACUGGUGACCAACAUGCUACCUGAACAUGUUGCUCGACACUUCUUGGGCUCCAAGAAAAGGGAUGAGGAGUUGUACAGCCAGUCCUACGAUGAGAUUGGAGUCAUGUUUGCCUCAAUUCCCAACUUCUCUGACUUCUACACAGAGGAGAGUAUCAAUAAUGGAGGGAUUGAAUGCUUACGGUUCCUUAAUGAGAUAAUCUCAGACUUUGACAGUCUGCUGGAUGAGCCUCAGUUCCGCUGCAUCACCAAAAUCAAGACCAUCGGCAGUACCUACAUGGCAGCAUCAGGUGUCACCCCAGACGUCAGCAACGGCUACACCUGCAUGAAGAAGGAGGAGCAGUCUGACAGAGAGCGCUGGCAGCACCUGGCAGACCUGGCAGACUUUGCUCUGGCCAUGAAGGUCACACUCAUGAACAUCAACUACCAGUCUUUCAACAACUUCAUGCUACGCAUUGGUCUGAAUAAGGGUGGAGUAUUAGCAGGAGUGAUUGGUGCCCGAAAACCCCACUACGAUAUCUGGGGCAACACUGUGAACGUGGCCAGUCGCAUGGAGUCCACAGGGGUUAUGGGAAACAUUCAGGUAGUGGAGGACUGCUACAACAUCCUAAAGGACUACGGCUUCCGUUUUGUGAGAAGGGGGCCCAUCUUUGUGAAGGGGAAAGGGGAACUGCUCACUUAUUUUCUGAAGGGAAGAGACAAACAAGGCUCAUUUAUCAACGGCUCCUCUGUCACUCUGCCACAUCAGGUGGUGGACAGCUAAGGUCCACACACACACACACACACACACACACACACACACACACACACCAGCAAUCACGGUUAGUGAAGUUAUUUGUCAAAAAAAACGGUCCAAUACCUGUACUAAAUGUAUACAAGUCACAUUAAAAUACCAUGUCACACAACACACCACUCAUUACUCAUUACUGCUUGUGGAAAGAUAUAUGUGCCAGUAGAGAUUGUAUUUAAAUUUGUCAUGUUCAAGUUGAACAACAGACCUUUAAACAUUAACAACUAGAUAAAUUAACAGAAUCAAUUAGACACAAUAUACAGACACCAUGUAAGCGUAAUUUAAAUGUAAUUUUAAUUGUACAAAUAAAAAUAAUAAGACUACAUGAAGGCAAGUCUAGACAAGAUAAACCGGCAGCAGAAAAUCCAAGGUCAAGUGUCCACAUUUUUUUCAUUUAUGGCAGCUGUAAAAAAAACAAAAAAAAACUAGGAAGGAAGGAAUGUAAUUUCUGGCAAUGUUGAAAUUCUUCAAAAAUCAAUCCUGGAUUUUUCCCCCAUCCUAAUGUGUUAGAGGUGAAUGUUAUUCCAUUAGUAACUGGAGUAUGGAUUAAGCUGGAGAUCUGUAGAAUGUUUUCACAUUCUUGUGUAACAAAACAAAAGUGAUAUGGAACAGCUUCUCCAACGUUCUCCCCCACACUGAGUGUGUCUACUAGGAAAGAAAACUGUCUCCAUGUUGACUAAUGCUGCAGAUCUUUCCGAGUUUCAUACACAGACACAGUAGCCUCUUCUGAAUGGCAAUCAAAAAAGUGAUAUCAGUUUCAGCAGCUAGAUAUCAAACCAGGGAUAUUGUGGUUCUGUGGUAUGCACCUUAACCCUUCAGCUAUCAAAACACCCCUUACUAAAACCAGUGUGUAGGAUUUAGGGGCAUGCAUUGGCAGAAAUGGAAUAUAAUACUUAUAACUAUGUUUUAAUUAGUGUAAUCACCUAAAACUAAGUGAUGGUGGAAACUCGUCAUAUCUACAUGGGAAACGGGUCUUUUCAGUGCCCCCUAUUUUAAACCGCCAUGUUUCCUCAGUAGCCCAGAACAGACGAACCAAUCACUGGCUCUCGAGAGGUCCUUUUGCAUUUUAAUAUUACCUGAAGGCCACCGUAGGUUCUACUACCCAGUUGAAAGGGAGGAGUGAGGAAGAGGUAUUUGGUUGGUUUUAAUCUGCAACCUUAGUGCUAGACAAUUAACUCAGUUGGGGGGCUAUGUGUAGUUGGUACUCCAGUAAGUAGGCUGACAAAGCAUCAGUAUACAUCGGAAGGAAUGGAUUGUUUUCUCCACUCAGAUGAAGCUGAUUCAUUAAUAAAUUGGUCAUGACAAAAAAGGAUUUAUUUUUCCUCUAUGUCUGCGAUUAUAACAUUUUGGUAUUUUGUUUGAUAAUAGCUUGUUGGAUAUUAAGUCCCCCGCUAUAACUAACACGGCAAAAAGCCUGUGUGAACUGAUGGCUAACAUUGUAGAUCUACUGUUAUGGUGGGUUUAGUAGGGUUAGUUAGUAGUAGUGUUGUUGUGUCAGAAUCCCUCCGUUUUGGUGCACUGAAAAAUUAUCUGGUUGUUUUUCUGUUAAUGUUUUUCUUUUCUUUUUAAGAUAAUUUUUUGGGCGUUUUAGGCCUUAAUUGUACUGGACAGGUGAAGAUGUUAAAGGGGAGAGAGAGAGGGAAUGGCAUGCAGCAAAGGGCUGCUGGUCAGAGUUGAACCUGCAGCCGUGGUGACAAGGAGCCUUGUAUGUUUAAAUAUGAGGUUCAUA